AUGGCAGUCAGACUGCUCCUGGCAUCAGUGCUGGUGGGCAGCGUGAGCGCACAGUUCCCCAGAGCCUGCGCGCAUGCCGAUGCGUUGAAGAGCCAGACCUGCUGCCCGGUGUGGGAGCGGGACGGCUCGGCGUGCGGAGAGAAGAGCGGCCGGGGGAGCUGCCAGAGCCCGGCAGGCGCCCAGGCGCCCCGGUAUUCCGGCCGGGACUUCCGCAUGGCCUGGCCCUCCACCUUCUACAGGCGGCUGUGCUUCUGCAAGGGCCCGUUCUCCGGCUUCGACUGCGGCGAGUGCCAGGAGGGGCGCUGGGGCCCGCAGUGCCGGCGCCGGCACCUGACCGUGCGCCGGGGGCUGCACGAGAUGAGCCGGGCGGAGCAGCGCCGCUUCGUGGAGAGGCUGGUGCUAGCCAAGAGCACCGUCAGCCGGCGCUACGUCAUCCUGGUCAGCCGCAACACCUCGGAUGCCGGGAGCGCCAAGUUCAGGAACGCCAGCGUCUACGACGUCUGCACCUGGGUGCAGUACAUGGCAGCCAAGCCCAUCAGGACCAAAGAGGAACCCAACUUUGCCCACAUGGGCCCGGCGUUCGCCGUCUGGCACCGCCGGUACUUGCUCUUCUUUGAGAGGGAGAUGCGGCACCUGACGGGGGACCAGGAAUUCUUCCUGCCCUACUGGAACUGGACCCUGUCGCCCACCUGCGACAUCUGCACCGACGGGCUCAUGGGGCGCAACGGACCCUCGGGAGCUCUGCUGCCCCCCUCGCCCUUCGCCAACUGGGAGCUGCUGGGACGGGGGAGUGAGGAGGGGGUGAGCGCGGCGGUGACAGUGAUCCCACCACCCUUGCAGACCCUGUGCACCUACGACGGGGGCGAUGAGGACAACUUCCACCUGCUCUGCCCGGGCCCCACCGCGGGGAAGACGUUGCUGACCCGGAACCCAGGGGGGGACCGGCGCGCGGCCCGCCUGCCCCCUGCCAGCGACAUCUGGAAGUGCCUCCAGCUCCGACGCUUCGACAGCUUCCCCUUCAACCAGUACGCCCCGUUCAGCUUUCGGAACAGCAUCGAGGGGUUUAAGGAUGCGAGUCACCCAGGCCGACAAAUGAUAUCCCUCCAUAACCAGGUCCACCUCUACCUCAAUGGGACCAUCUCACAGGUGCCAGUGGCUUCGAAUGAUCCCAUCUUCAUGAUACAUCAUGCCUUCAUCGACAAGAUUUUGGAAGACUUCCUGCGAGCGGACAGUAGGCGCCUGGAGAUGUAUCCGACCCACCAGCGAGUUUCCCAUGGCCAUCGUCCUAAUGACUACAUGGUCCCGUUCCUGCCACUGGUACGCAACAUUGACUACUUUACCUACACCAUCAACUUCGCCUACACAUAUACAAACGCUGCGUAUACCGAAGAGGACAAAUUCUCCUCUGCUGCCAACCUUGACCUCAUUCCAAGAUGGCGCCCGUUCUAUCAGGAAUGGUUUUUAAAGUAUGGGGUUUCCAGAGCUUUUGGCGGCAAGCUGGGGAGGGGUCUCGCAGGGCGUUGUGGAGGCUGUAGUCCGCCGGCUGCCCCAUUAACACGGCGGCGGACGAGAGGCGACCCAGGGCCAGGACCACAACUCCCGGCAGCCAUCGCGUCACAGUGA